AUGGCGGCGGGGCGGGACGCGUGCGGGCCGCUGCUCACCUGGCUGCAGACCUUUGCCCCCCCCUCGCCCUGCACCUGCCCCCAGGACCUGUCCAGCGGGGUGGCCCUCGCCCACGUCCUGCACAGCAUCGACGCCUCGUGGUUCGACGAGACGUGGCUGGGCCGGAUCCGGGACGACGCUGAGGAUAACUGGCGGCUGAAGGUGAGCAACUUGCGGAAGGUGCUGCAGAGCAUCCUGGAGUACUGGCAGGAUGUGCUGGGCCAGACGGUGGCGGAGCAGCACGUGCCCGACGUGGCACUGGCGGCCCAGCGCGCCGACCCGGAGCAACUGGGCAAACUGGUGCGACUGGUGCUGGGGUGCGCCGUUAGCUGCGAGAGGCGGGAAGAGCACAUCCAGCGUAUCAUGACGCUGGAGGAAUCAGUGCAGCACGUGGUGAUGACAGCCAUCCAGGAGCUUUUGGAUAAGGAGCCGUCAGAGACGAUGGCGGUGGAGAUGUACGGGAACUUCGACACGCAGUCACGGCGCUAUUACUUCCUGAGCGAGGAGCCCGAGGAGGCCGGGGGGCCGCAGCAGCGCUGCCUCGAGCUGGAGCAGCAGGUGGCAGCGCUGCUGGAGGAGAAGGGCAGUCUGGCGGAGGAGAACCGGGCACUGCGGGAGGAGAAGGCGCAGCUGGAGGCCGACGCCGCCGGUGCUGCUACCAAGAAGCUUCUGCUGCUGCAGACGCAGGUGGAGCAGCUGCAAGAAGAGAAUUACCGGCUGGAGAGCGGGAAGGAGGAGCUGCGGGCACGCUGCAGCCGGCUGGAGCAGGAGGCGCGGGGUCUGCAGGCACGAGCGGAGGAGCUGAGUGGCCUGGCUGGAGAGGCACGGGCCCUGCGCGACGAGAUGGACGUGCUGAGGGCGUCGUCGGCGCGCGCGGGGCGGCUGGAGGCGGCGGUGGCGGCGUACCGGGGCCGGGCAGCGGCGGCAGGCGACCUGCGGCGCUGGGUGCGGGCGCUGGAGGAGCGGCACGCCGCCCAGCUGCGCCGCGCCGCUGCGCUGCAGCAACAGCUGGGCCGGGCGCAGGCUGGCUGCGCACAGCUGGAGGCUGCCCGCAGGCAGGUGGAGGAGCUGAGCGGGCAGCAGGCAGAGGCAGCGCUGCAGGCGGAGAAAUGGCAGGUGGAGUUCAGGAACCUGCAGGAGAAGUUUGAGGCGCUCAACAAGGAGAAGGAGCGGCUGCUGGAGGAGCGCGACGCCCUGCGCGAGGCCAACGAGGAGCUGCGCUGCGCUCAGGUGCAGCAGAGCUGCCUGCGCCAGGCAGGUGCGGUGCUGGAGGAGGGCACGGCCCCAGCAGUAAACCUGGCAGCCGAAAUCCUCCCUGCGGAGCUGAGGGAGACGGUGGUGCGGCUGCAGCAGGAGAACCGGCAGCUGCGGGCGCAGGAGGCGACACUGCGGCUCCAGCGGGACCAGCUCCAGCAGCGGCUGCGCGACACCGACCGGCAGAGGCUGGAGGCCGCGGGGGUGGCGGAGCUGCGGAUGCCGCUGGGGGAUCAGGGGGACCCCCCCGAGGAGUUGUUUCUGCUGGAUGAGAUGCUGGAGAAGCUGGAGGAGCUGCCCGAGGCAGGGAUAGAGCUGCCGGAGGAGGAGGAGCCGGAGCCACCCGGGGACAGCAGCGGGUCGCGGCGCGUGGAGGAGCUGCAGCGCAGCCUGCGCCGGAGGGAGGAGGCCCUGCGUGUCCUGGAGCAGCGCUGCCGUCGGCACGCCGGGGGGGCCCACACGGUGAUGCGGGCGCUGGAGCCGAAGCCCCCGGGCGCUGCCGCAGCCCCUGCCCUCCGCGCCCUCCGGAACCAGCUGCAGGAGAAGGACGCCCUGAUCCGGCACCUGGAGAGCGACUACGAGCGGAGUCGGGCGCAGCGGGAGCGGGAAGAGCGGCUUCUCGUCACUGCCUGGUACAACAUGGGCCUGGCACUCCAGCAGCAGGCGAGCGAGGCGGGGGGGUCACGGGGACCCCCCGGGGGGGCCCAGUCCUUCCUGGCCCAGCAGCGCUUGGCCACAGUCGCCCGCCGUGUCCGGCCCCCCCACGGCCACCCCCCCAGUCGCUGA